AUGAAGGAGGCAGGUAUCCGACAUCAUCCACAGCCUCUCCCAUCCAUCGGGACAUACAAUGAUGUGCCUGAUGACAGAGAAAUUCGUGUGGCAUGGGAUAAAAAAAGGACAUGUGGAGAUGGGCAAAGAACUACAUACCAUACCAGACAAGCAAGAUCACCCAGCUCAUGGAAUCAGGCAUCAGAGACUUCCCUCAACCACGAAGACGUUUCCAUGAAGACAGUUCUGGCACAUUCAUGUGGAUGUCAUAGGACCUCUGCCACAACGAGAUGCCCGGAAGCAGUCCCGAUGGCAGAAGCAUCGACAAGCCCCUGCACAGAAGCCCUGUUAUCAAGUUGGAUGAGCAGUUUUGGUGUGCUGGAGAACACAACAACAGACAGGGGCUUGGCAUUCCUGUUUGAACUCUGGGUCUCCCUGGCACCCCUGAUGGGGACAGCACUCCACAGCACAAUGGCAUACUACCCCGCUGCCAAUGGAAGGGUGGAAAGGGUCCACCAUUCGUUAAAAGCGGCACUGAUAGCACGGUGUACUAAUGAAAACUGGAAGGUGCAGCUGCCCUGGGUCCUGCUAGGACUUCGAACAGCACCAAAAGCGAACGGUGAAGAUUCUCCUGCAGAAAAUGUGUACAGGGAAGCACUGGCAGUACCAGGCAAAUUCUUCCCUAUGGAACCAGACAACCAAGAUAUGCCCCUUAGAAGGCUAAGAGAAAUAGCAAAGGAGUUUGCGCCCUGGGUGAAGACUUUCACAGACAGGACACAUAACUACAGCCCAGAAGGCCUUGGAACCUGCACACACAUCUUCCUGAGGGACGACGCCCACCACUCACCCCAUCCAGACCUUGCAGAGGCCCAUACUAUGUCAUCACAAGAAACUCCAAGUCCUCCCUCGUUGGCGUCCACGGGCAGGAAAACUAGGUAUCCGUCAACAGAUUAA